GACUUCAUGGCCGAAAGCGAAGACUUCAGACGCUGGGAAGCAAAGAGGCGAGAUGUCAAAAGGGCAGAGAUCCAGCUCAAUCGUGGGCUGAGGAGUUUGGAAGAAGCUCGACUUUCUUAUUUGAAUUUCAUAACCAAGGAACAGAGGCGGCUCCAGCAGGAACUCCAGAGAAUGCAGAAAAGCCGCCCCAAGCAGAAGCUAUCCCUGGGCACAGGACAUAUUGGCAUAAAUAUGACACUACCGCUACUAUCCCAUCAGACAAGAGGAGAUAACAAUUCCAGAGAUGCUGCACAACGAAGCCCGAGGAAAGCCAAGCCAGGAGGCCCCUCAGGUACAAGCCAGUCUCCCUCACAUCCACACCAUAGUGAUGUGCCAGUCUGUGGAGAAGAUGGAAAGGGGUGGUUGCCACCGCUACAAACCACAGACCAAACUUCUGUUGCUGACCGUGAAGUGACUGCUCUUAAAAACACCAUCGCCAAACAGCUGAGCAUCUCAGAAGAACCUGCAAAGGGAGAAGAGCCCAAUAGCAGACAGGAGCAAGAGAGAGGGCUCACGACAGAGGAGACCAGAGGUUCUGGAUCCAAGGACCCCGCAACUAAGCCUAUGAAUCCCCAAGGGAAGAGAAGACCUUCUUUUAUUCACGAGAAGGUGAUUCUAGAUGCAGAGGCCUACGCGGCAGACGGACGCCUCAGGACCAUGUAUUCCAGACCCAAUUUCUCCAAGUCAUAUGCCGAAGCUCGGAAGUUCCGUUACAUCCGGCACAAGAACAUUCCAGCUUGGGAAAAAGAACUCAGCCUCCAGGAGAUAUUUGGGCACAAAACCCGCACUGAGCAUUCUCUGCAACCACAGGCAAUGGUUAAUCCUAAACCAUAG